CAAGUGCCGGGCACGGCGGCCGCUCCCCCGCCCCCGUCCGCCACGUUACGUCUCACGUCCCGGUUCUUUUCCAUGGUUCCCGGCGUGACGGGUGCCUCCUGCCACCGCCCCCGCAGCGCGGCGCCGACCGCCGGCUCUUUCCCCAUCCUCUUGGAGUAUCCACAUCUUUUAAGGAUCAUGCGUACCCUUUGAAAGUCUUGCAACUCAAUUUAGUGGGAGGAUGCUGCAGCGAGCGGGGGGCUGAGGCGGUGCCGUCAGCCGCGGGGAGCGGGACCCCCACCUCCCACCCAUGCUCCCCGCCGGCUGCCGGGGCCGUGCCCCGUGAGGAGUGGGGGUGGGCACCCUCCCGGCCCCAUCAUUGCCCGUGGCCCUGCCCGUGGCCCUGCCCGUGCCCACGCCAUGACGAGCCUUUUCCGACGGAGCAGCAGCAACGGCGGCUCCCGCGGCGGCUCCUCCGCCCAGGAGCUCAACAACAGCCGCCCCGCCAGGCAGGUCCGGCGGCUGGAGUUCAACCAGGCCAUGGAGGACUUCAAGACCAUGUUCCCCAGCAUGGACUACGACAUCAUCGAGUGUGUCCUGAGGGCCAACAACGGCGCUGUGGAUGCCACCAUCGACCAACUCCUGCAGAUGAACCUGGACAGCAGCGGCUGCGAUGACAGCUCGGACUCAGAGGACAGCAUCCCCCCUGAGAUCUUGGAGCGGACCCUGGAGCCGGACAGCUCGGAUGAGGAGCCCCCUCCUGUCUACUCCCCUCCCGCCUACGAGACUCAGGCACUGGGCAGCCUCCCACCCCGGGCACCCACCCCACCACCCCGGAUGGAUGUGCCAGGGCCCGGCAGCACCCCGGCACCGGGGCGCUACAGGAACUGGAACCCACCACUCCUGGGCAACCUCCCCGAGGAUUUCCUCCGCAUCCUGCCCCAGCAGAGCACUGCCCCUCAGGGUCCCCAGAGGUGCCAGCAGCCCGUGGCACGGGGUCUGUCCCCGCGGGGCUCCCUGGAGCAGGAGCGGCGCUGGAAGCAGUACCUGGAGGACGAGCGGAUCGCGCUCUUCCUGCAGAACGAGGAGUUCAUGAGGGAGCUCCAGAGGAACAGGGAUUUCCUCCUUGCCCUGGAGAGAGAUCGAUUGAAAUAUGAAUCAAAAAAAUCCAAGUCAACCAGUGUUGCUGUCAGCAACGACUUUGGUUUCUCCUCCAUAACACCAGGUGAGGCAGCCCCCUCGGUGAGCAGCGAGGCUGUCGGGGCCGUGUCUGACGAUGCCUUAUUCAGAGACAAACUGAAGCACAUGGGGAAAUCCACACGCAAGAAGCUGUUUGAACUCGCCAGAGCCUUCUCUGAGAAAACAAAGAUGAGGAAAUCAAAAAGAAAACACUUGUUGAAGCACCAGGUGAUGGGGACAGCAGCUUCCACAGCAAACCUUCUUGAUGAUGUUGAAGGACACUCGUGUGAUGAAGAUUUCCAAGCACGGAGGCAGCAGCUCCGGGAGGAGCAGGAGGCACUGAAGGAAGGGCAGUAAAUGGUCCCAGUGCUGGGGUUUAUUGCUGGCACGAAACGUGCACAAGGCUUCAUGAGAAGAUGGCUGAAAAAGGAAAAAAAACAAAACCCACCCAACAAACGACCCAGUGUUUGGCUGCUCCCCCUCCACUGCUGUACUCCUCUGAAGUACAAGUACUGAAGUGAGGCACAAUGUUUUCUUACCAGCCGUCUGAAAACAACUUCUCCUAUCUAGCAAAUCAGCCAAAAAAGGAAAAAAAAAAAAAAAAAAAAAGGCAAAAAAAAGGCAGCAGCUGAUGUGAGCUGUGGAGGAGGAGCCCGUGGAGCUCAGGCUUGGGAGGAGAGUGUCCUGCCUGUUCCCUCAGUCCGAGUGGCAUUGCAGGAGGAAUGAGAAUCAGUUUUACUAACGAGGAUGCAUUCAUUCAUUCAUUCAUUCAUUCACCGUGGGACCUGCUUGGCUGGAGCACUCCUGAGCAUAUCUCUGUAGCAGCCUGAGGUAACUUUGCUCUGCACACACACAGGAAAACAAAUGAACAACACGUGAGAAAGAGACCCUAACAGCAGUUGUCUACUAUUGCUAGGAGUAAUGAGCAGAGAUUCAGAUCAGGUAAUAGUCAAAUAAUAUAAAUUGUUUAUAAAAGGAAAGGCCUUCUUUUCCUAGGCGUUUCACUUUGAAUUAAACCUUUGCCUUCGGCAUUGCUAAAACUG